AUGGCUACUUCUGGCAGAUGUCGGUGGCAGGACGCGUCGAAACUGCAGUCAGUGAUCAACUGUUUGGAUCCAGAGCAAAUGCGAAGCGUCAAGUCUAGUUCUGGAAGGGAGAUGGAAGCCUCGAGCGCACAGCAAGACCACUUAGACAAGUCUCCAGGACCGAAGAAGACUCGGGGGAAGUACGCGUCUCGAGCGUGCGUAGAGUGUCGUCAGCGUAAGCUGAAAUGCUCCGGACAAGAUCCAUGCCAACGAUGCUUGCGCCGCGGCUGCCGAUGCGCCUUCUCCGACGACAAGUCUGCGCAGGAAGUCUUGAGGAGCGUGCGGCAACCCACCACCGAAACUAACAUCUCGACGCUCGAUACUAGAGUUGAAAGGCUCGAGAACGCUCUACAGGCGCUGACAGAUCGUCUGGACAGCGGAGAGAGCAACACCAACGUUGUCGACGAAGCCGAAAACAACGAGCCGUCCUUCCAGUCGGACGCAACCCUUCAGUCACCAGUGGACCAGUUCAGCGAGAGCCUGGCCCAUGUUAAACAGCAACUUGGCCUCAACAAUGGAAUAACCAGCUCGCCGUUGGCAAGGACACCGCAGCAGCUUCAGCAUACCAAUAGCUUGACCUUGCCACCACUUCGCAGACAGCACAGCACUAGCACUGGAUGUACUGAGAUUCGCAUUGGAUCUCGAACCUUCCCGUUCCCUUCUCCGCCUCAGUACGAGCGCUAUCUGCGUUUCUUCUUCGAAGACAUCAACCCUUGCCAUCCCUGCGUGAACGAGAGCCACUUUCGCGUGCGAUCUGAGGCCAUGCUAUCAAGCUCGCAACUAAAUCGUCGGGAGAGCUGCUUUCUCGCACUGCACUAUAUCAUGUUCGCCUGCUCAGACAUAUUACAAGAUACAUCGGCACAGCAAGCAAGCCGAACAUCAGGCUCGCAUUGGUACCAGGCAGCCGAUGACCUGGUAGGCAGGACGAGACUUACCGGGCAUGGCGAUCUCAGUUUGAUCCAGUUCUUGAUAUUUGAGGCAUUCUGGUUGACCCAUGAAGACCGACCCAAUGCCGCGUACAACACAGCCGGUCUAGCUUGCCGACUCUGUUUCCAGUUUGGCCUGCAUCAACAGUCUCGCUGGCUGCACAGUAAUGAUGAGUAUCAAAUUCACAUGAAGCAGCGAAUCCUAUGGACAGCCUACUUCGUGGAUCGUCGGAUUGCUCUAUCCUGCGGACGGCCCUACUCCAUGGCUGAUAGAGACAUCGCAGUCGAUCUACCUGCAUGGCUGGACGAUCGGAAGUUGCAUCCAAAUCAGCCGCUUCCUCAACCAGAUGCAGAGACCUCUGACCUUCCCUAUCUUGCCUGCAUGGUUAACUUUGCAAAGCUGGGAGGAGAGAUUUGGGACCAGAUGUUCUCUGCCGGGGCUUCUAAAUCCACGCCAAAGGCAGAGACUAUAGCGAUACUUGAUGCGAAGAUCAAGCACUGGGCGGACGAUGCACUUCCCAAGGUUCCGUUGAUACCUACUAGCCGCGCUCCCUUACUUCGUCACCGAAGGCAACAGGUCCUUGUAUAUACUCGUGUCGACCAUCUCCGAAUGCUACUGCGGCGUCAGAUUAUGGUCUCAAUGGAUUUCGGAGCACACGAUGGACGUGUAUGCGGCGAGCUGGCCAUCAACAUCAUCCAACUACUAACACAGCACAGCGAGGAAGCGAACGAGCCAUCUUCGUUCAGGUUCCACCUUGCUACAUCCGCAGGUGGUGCAUUACUGAUACUCAGCACUCUACUCUGUCGUCCUCUGAACGAUCUCGGCCUUCAGGAUUUCUACACGCACUACGUCGAUGCGUUCAAAAGUGGGCUCGCACUACUUCGAAGUCUAGGAGACGGACUGAACGCUGCAAGACGCAUGCUGUCAGAUCUGAAAGAUGUAACCGCCAUUGUCGAAAGGGUAAUCGACCAGCCCGCGCCGCAACAGAUGAUCAUGAACCUGCCUGUGGACAUUGACAAUUUGAUGCCGUAUGGCGCCAUCGAUUUUGCAAACCAACCGGGGGCUGGAUACCUUGAUCAGACAUAUGCUGGGGAUCUCAACCAGCCCUUCUGUGGCCCGGGUUGGGACGGCUGGUCGGCUCCGGGACAUACCGGGUAUGGCGCGCCUUGGAUAUGA